UUCAUUGGUUUUUCGGUCCCCUACAAGACCGUGCCACGACCGAGAUUGGCACUCGUGCCGGACUUCUCUCAGAGAUUGGAACGGAGCUUACGUUACCCGAGUACGCAAAUAUGGCCGAUGUUACAGAGCAGAAAGAGAAGGACGAUGCGCAAACGGAAAUCAAAGUGGAACCAACUUUGCAAUGCUACGUCGAAGAAGAACACGAGAACGGAUUUCCCGGUUUUGAAGGUAACAACGCGAUACCCUCCAGUGCAGAUGUUGGCGCACUGAAUCUGUGGACCAGCAAGGCAACCACGUGCCUCAUUAGUCAAUACAAGAAGUACAGAUCGAUGGUAGGACAAUCGACCCAGAUACGAAGUCUGCGCGAAAUGUUCGAGAUGAUUUCUCUCGAAAUGCAAAACUAUGGAUUUUACUUCAGCCCUCAGAAAUGCGAGAACAAGUGGCGAGUUCUCGAACGUAAGUACAAGAAUCUGGUAUUUCGAGAACGACUGAAGAAGCCGGGCAGAAUGAGGCACUAUGGCCACUGGGAGCAUAAAAGAGCCUUGGAUGAAAUUUUUCAUGAAAAGAAACGGCACAUGUACCUGGAGGAAAACGAUUUUCCACCAUCGGCCGGAUCUGCGAAAUACACUUUUAUUUUACCGAAACCUACGAAUACGGAGCAAAGUAGCGCCAGCGACAAUCAGCAGCAGGAGGACCCUCUAGCGGCGUUAACGUCAAACUCGUCGACAAACUGCAAACGCGACGAGUUGGAUUCGAAAGGAGCUUUGACAACUAUCUUCGAGAAAUUUUUUAACGAAAUGACGAAAAACUUCUCGAUCGCGGAGAAGAACAAAGAGAGAAGGCAUAAAGAAUUAAUGGCGAUACGACAAAACGAACUGGACGUUCAGAAGAGACUCUUAAAAUUAAAGGAACAAAAGUUGGAGAUACAAAAAUGUAAAAUUAUCGCUGCUGCUCAACACUUACAUUUGAAUAUGUAGUAGCAUUGUUGUCCUGUUCUUCCAACUCCAACAAAAUGUAUAUGUAUCAGUGAUUGUAGAUUUUCUGUAAAUGCGAAUAAUGUUCUCAUUCUUAUAUGAAACGUUUUCUAAGGUGUAACAUAAUAAUACAAAUAUUUAUAUAAA